GCGCCAUGAGGGGCGAGACGGCGGCUCGGCGGGGUCAUCUAGGCGCAGGCGCAGUGCGGUGUUUGUCUGCCGGACUGACGGGCGGCCGGGCGGUGAGCGGCGGCUGUGGCGGCGGGGAAGAUGGCGGCGUCCUCCCUGGAGCAGAAGCUGUCCCGCCUGGAAGCAAAGCUGAAGCAGGAGAACCGGGAGGCCCGGCGGAGGAUCGACCUCAACCUGGAUAUCAGCCCACAGCGGCCCAGGCCCACCCUGCAGCUCCCGCUGGCCAACGAUGGGGGCAGCCGCUCGCCAUCCUCCGAGAGCUCCCCGCAGCACCCCAUGCCCCCCGCCCGGCCCCGCCACAUGUUGGGGCUCCCGUCAACCCUGUUCACGCCCCGCAGCAUGGAGAGCAUUGAGAUUGACCAGAAGCUGCAGGAGAUCAUGAAGCAGACGGGCUACCUGACCAUCGGAGGCCAGGUACCACCUUCACUGAGGCGGUGGGAGGGAGGAGGCCCAGCCAGGCAGGGCCCAUCCUGGGGGCACCAGUGGGGGGGCAGGGGUGUGGUGGCAGAGGCCCCGGGGAUCUUCCACCUCUCCCUCUCCUCCCAGCGCUACCAGGCAGAAAUCAAUGACCUGGAGAACUUGGGCGAGAUGGGCAGCGGCACCUGUGGCCAGGUGUGGAAGAUGCGCUUCCGGAAGACGGGCCAUGUCAUUGCCGUCAAGCAAAUGCGGCGCUCGGGGAACAAGGAGGAGAACAAGCGCAUCCUCAUGGACCUAGACGUGGUGCUCAAGAGCCAUGACUGCCCCUACAUCGUGCAGUGCUUCGGGACCUUCAUCACCAACACAGACGUCUUCAUUGCCAUGGAGCUCAUGGGCACCUGCGCUGAGAAGCUCAAGAAGCGGAUGCAGGGCCCCAUCCCCGAGCGAAUCCUGGGCAAGAUGACAGUGGCGAUUGUGAAGGCGCUGUUCUACCUGAAGGAGAAGCAUGGUGUCAUCCACCGCGACGUCAAGCCCUCCAACAUCCUGCUGGAUGAGCGGGGUCAGAUCAAGCUCUGCGACUUCGGCAUCAGCGGCCGCCUGGUGGACUCCAAAGCCAAGACUCGGAGCGCAGGCUGUGCCGCCUACAUGGCCCCCGAGCGCAUCGACCCCCCAGACCCCACCAAGCCUGACUAUGACAUCCGGGCUGACGUGUGGAGCCUGGGCAUCUCAUUGGUGGAGCUGGCAACAGGACAGUUUCCUUACAAGAACUGCAAGACGGACUUUGAGGUCCUCACCAAAGUCCUGCAGGAGGAGCCCCCGCUUCUGCCUGGACACAUGGGUUUCUCAGGGGACUUCCAGUCCUUCGUCAAAGACUGCCUUACUAAAGAUCACAGGAAGAGACCAAAGUAUAAUAAGCUACUUGAACACAGCUUCAUCAAGCACUAUGAGACGCUGGAGGUGGAUGUGGCGUCCUGGUUCAAGGAUGUCAUGGCGAAGACUGAGUCACCGCGGACUAGCAGCGUCCUGAGCCAGCCGCACCUGCCCUUCUUCAGGUAGCCGUGUGGCAUCGGCCAGCCCCACAGGGGGCCAGGGGCAUGGCCAAAGGCCCCCUUCCCCACCCGGCCACCCAGCUGCCCUCAAGGGGAGACCUGGGACCUGGACAGCCACCGAGGGCUGAGGACAGAGGGGGGGGUGCCCAUCCACCCCCCGUCCUGGGCCAGCCAGGCUCCAGCCCUUCCUGCCCUGGGGUCAGCCGGCCACGUGCAUCCCCCGACAGACACUGUGAACGGAAGACAGCAGGCCGAGAGCAGAGUUGCUGUGCAUUCAGCUGCAGCUUCUGGGCCAGGGCGGCCCCCAGGGGCCAGGAGAGAGCUCCCAAGUCCUGCAGCACCAAGCUCCCAGCGUGCCAUGCCCUCCACCACCCCCACAGGCCCGUUCCCCCUCUGUUGCCCUCUGUCCCCCGCUCUACCUCUCUGUCCCUGUCUGGCUCUCCCAUCACCCUUCCUGCCUCUGUCUCUCUCCCGGCCUGAGCUUGGGCCCAGCCCCCUCCGGAUGGGACCCCUGGGUCUGCCUAGGUCUCCCAUGGAGCAAUGAGUCAGUGGCCCCCAGAAAGGCGGUGUGGGCAUUUGGACUGCGGCUGGACAGGGCUGCACUCUCUCUCUCUCUUUGAUCUCAGGGGGUCCUUUUUGGAGUUUAUUGUAUUUUAUUGUACUUGGUGGGGUGUUUGGGGUGGGGGGUGGAGGAGAGCUUGUUCUCAAGGGGUUUGUCGGUACCUUCAGAAACUUUUACCAAAGUCACGUUUAGCUGCUUGUGGUGGGGCCCCCAACCUCCUUCAGGCACUGGGAGGCUGGGGCUGCUGCUCUGGGGUCUCUGGGUGCCACAGCUUGGGGAUGAAGACCUUGGGGUGCAGUGGGGUCUGCGGGGCCGUGGCCACACAAGAUGGCCUUCAGGGAAGGUGGGCUUGGGGCAUGGCGCAGAGCAGGUGACCAGAGGGACUUGGUGACAGAGUAGGGCCAUGGGGCCGAGGGAGGGGUCUGGAAGGAGUCAGGGAUCGAGGGUAGAGAGAGUGUAUGUGGGGGUUCAAGGAUGUGUGACAAGCUCCAGCAGGGACAGGGGCCAGGCUGAGGGUGGGGGUGUGAGGCCAUCACCCUCUGUCAUGCCUCUGGCGGUCCCUCUACUCAUGCACACCUGGCCCAGCCCGUGAUGAGACCUGGGACUGGGAAAAAUCGGUUGUGCACUGGGGGCCCAGGCCAGGGUGCUCCCUAGAGCCCACUGGGGUGGCCAGAGCAGGAGGGGGUGUGUUUCCUUUUUGUGGGUGUUGCAUGCAAAUCAAGUGGACAAGAAACAAAACAAACAAACAAAAGAAAACCCCGUGAAACCACAAAGAAAAACCAACACGAAAGGCGGGGAAGCCGGCCGGCCCUGGUGGAGGCCGCGCAGGCGCAGCAUCGCUCUCCUCUCAUCUAGCCUGUUGACUCCCGUUACGAUAUUCACAAAAUGCCGCAUGUUUAAAAAGUCAUAGAUGUCAUGGUCUCUCUGCCCCCAGGGGCAAGGCCACCUUCUCUUGCCCGUUGGCCUGUGUCAGGGGCGAGGGUCUGCUGGGCGGGAGGGAGCGGUGCCAAUAAGCCUAGCCCUUUCCUCCUCCCCUGGGUCCAGCUGUGGGGGCCUCUGCAUAUUGCUGGAAGGUCACAUGGCUGGUCCCAGGGCCCAAAGAGGCCCAAGACCAGGUUGCCUGGUUUUAUUUAACUAUUUUGUUUCCUGAGUGUGUGUCCGCCCACCCUCACCCUCUUCAGUGUUAAUUGGGGAGCCCUGGGGGAGUCUUAUGCCUCCCUGCCUCUCUCCCAAGACCUCCCCGCUCGUCACCAGCCAUCCCUCUGGAUCAGGCAGAGGGCGGACCGGGUGGGCAGAGGCCCGGGGGCGGCUCAGGCCAGCCCACCAGCCAGCGGACCCCUCCUCAGGCUGCCAGUGUUGCCCUGCCCCUUUUUAAAACAAAAUGCCCUUGUUUGUAAACCCUUAGGCGCUUGAGAAUAAACCCCUCCCUUUUCUUCCACA